GUUUUAGCUGAUUUUUCCCAGGUCUGUCUUGUUGUCACAUGUGGUAGAGACGUGAACAUAAUGCUCUUCUCUUGAUGACAUCGGAGAACAGGACGCUGCUUUAUCUGCCUUCGAAGAACUCUACUGUGGUUUGAGAUUGUCGUCACGUACGGUCGGUUAUGGCGGACAAAGAAAGAACGGUGUCUUCGGAAUGGUUGGAACUUGACGAUGCUGAAGGAACUUUGAAGGAGCUUGAGGUUCUGAAAACCAAGAACGUAUCUCUCAUUCCUCCGCUCCUGAACGCAUACCUGCAUCAUAUUGCCGUGACUGGUGAUACAGAGUAUUCAUGGGAGCUGCUACGUCAUUUGCUGAAAGUUAAAAUUGAAUCCGUCGUCGAAGAAUUUCUUCAAAUUUCUCCAAUAGAUGAAAUACCUCGCUGUCCAAAUGUUGAGCGGUUUAACUUCGCCGCAUUGAAAAGCUUCCUGCUUGAAAGAUUAGCAUCUUACACGAGGGGACCGCCGUUCACAAUCCAGAGAAUCUGCGAGUUGCUGACGGAACCUACGAAACACCAUAAGCGCCUUGACAAAUAUAUGAGGGCCUUAGAAAAAAAUUUUCUUGUCAUAAGCAGCGUGGACUGUUUUGGGAAACCGGUGUCUUUGGAGACGAAUGUGAAUGGAAUCAUGGAUUCAAAGCCCAUAACGAAUUCACUAAACUCGUCAUCGGACGAAGAAGAGGAAGAAGACGAAGGUGAUGCCGAAGAGGAGGAGAAAAUAGACGUGGAGAUGGACCCUGCUUGCGAUUUGCAACCCGUGGUGAUCGUUGUGGAUGACACUGCGUCCGUCCUAAAGGAGGAUACAGAAAACGUGGAAAUGACCGAGCCGAGCAAUGAGACCGCUUCGUUGUCGCCGACCUCCGAAGUUUCGAGUUCAUCGAAUGACUGUUCGAAAACCAGCGUAGAUUCCUCCGAGGAUCGGAUCCUCAAUGGUUCUGAGUUGAACGCGAUCGAGCCUGAUCUCACCGACGUGAAUGGCGUGGAUUCAACCUCGGAGCCGACAACAGUUAACCAGACCGCGCUCAAUGGGGAACUAGAGCACACGGGAACUUCCCUGGAAGAAAUUCAUGCCAAAGUUGUCCUUGAUCAAACGGCGGCGGCUAUUCCAGGAACUGUUGUAGAUUUGUAGAAGGAUCAAUGUAGAUAUGAAAGCUGGGUCGGAUAGUGAUGUUCAGAAUGAGGUUUGCUGAGAGUGAGGGUUCUAUAUGGAUCACUUUUUGAUCUCUGUUGUGACUCUUCAUCUUUUCAAGUGACGAUGAAAUCAGAGCGUGGUAAUCGUUUGACGUAGGUGAUUGAUGUCGACCUACAUGCAAUGUGUUUCUGCAGGUGCCUUUUUCUCGGGAUUGUGUAUCUUACGAGGGAUAUCUCAAACGUCUCGAAAAUCGCUGACAAAUUUUCAUCGCUGGUGGAUGCAACCUCGGGCACCGUUUUUGUUCGAUGUUUUGAACAAAUUUUUUCCCCAUUAAAAAUCGCUGAAGAUGAUAUAAAGUUGAUGACUAAUUAUGCCUAUGGGAAUUAUGAGAGAAAUAAGAGAAUAAUUCUGUUUUUAGUUUAGAGUACUGUAUUUUUCCCAUCCUGCCGUUGGCGGAAAUUUUCAACUUUAUGGAAUUGUGCAUCAUUAAAAUCAUUGAAAUUAUAAUUUUCUCCCGAAAAGUUUCAAGAACCACCGAGCCAAACUUUUUAGUGUGUACAUUUUUGAUGUUUCCUCAUGGUUUGACUGAAGAACUUUUCAGUAAGUCGUAUAAUAUUAGCGCCAUCACUUCUUAUAAUGAAUGCAGUAUAGGAUAUUGUUGAGAUGCCCAUAAAUUUUCAAGUGCAGUACAGUAAUAAAUUAUUUUUCAUUUUCAGAAAAAUAGAUACGAAAAUUUUGUUGAAUCGAAGUUUCAAUUUUUGUGUAGGAAAAGAUUUGUUUCAUCCAACUGCGAUGAUGAUUUGUAAGCGGCUCGCGAGAUUUUUCGAGAUAAACCCUCGUAUGUUUUGAACAUGUCCACGUCGAUGUCUCAGGAAAUUUAAUUCCCCCUGUCUAAAUUCAAAUUCAUCUUUUCAUUUAUGUCUUGCACAUCCGUAGCCCUGGGUGACAAAAUUUGUACUUGAGAUUUCGAAUGAUGAAUGUUCUCAUUGAGUACGAAUGCAUCAUCUUGUCUGGUAAGAAUUUUUUGAUACAAACGAUUGAUGCACUGCUUUAUGCAUGUGAAGCUAUCCUUUUAUUUGUUCCAACAGAUAAGUUCAGUUCACGGUUAAAGAAACCCAAUGCGAACCCGUUCUGGGGGCCCAUCGCAUUUUGCUCUCGUGCGUUGGUUUUUUUUUUUUUUUCCGUGGAGUGUUCUCGCAAAAAUGUUGCUUUGAUAUGACGCAAAGAGCGAAGAAAAAGCCGAGAACUGUGUUCUGCA